AUGAAGAUCAACAAUCAAGAAACGUCACGUGUUGACUCUGCAUUUUACUUCUUAAUCGACGGGAAAGGCAAAAGUGUGGCGAAUCUCAGUGAAUUGACCAUUUCAGUGACAGGUGUGAAUGGCGAAGUGUUAGAGGACACACUGUCAAUGAAAGCCGACUUGUGUACAGCCGGUAGCUCGCAAUUUUCACCAAGUGGUGACAUUGAUCAAACGACAACUAUCUCGGUAGAUUCCUUUUCGAGUACCGAGACUUCGUCAACGAAUUCAGCCCAGGAGAUCCCUACUGCGACUCCUACAAACGCACCCACUGAAACUCCUCCACCUGAACAUUCAACAGACGAAACAGUUCCAUAUGCGGUCCAAAAUGUCUCUUUUGAAGCUCUAACGCCAACAGCACCUCCAACCGAAGCACCAACCCCAGCACCAGUCCAAGAUACCCCUCCUCCAACAUCUCAAGAGACACCAACUAUCCCCGAAUAUUCGACAAAUGAAUCAGUUCCAUAUGCGACACCAAAUUUCUCCGAGCAUUCGACAAAUGAAUCAGUUCCAUUUGCGGUCCAAAAUGUCUCUUUUGAAGCUACGACGCCAACAGCACCUCCAACCGAAGCACCAGUUCAAGAAAUCCCUCCUCCAACAUCUCAAGAGACACUAACUCCCCCCGAACAUUCGACAAAUGAAUCAGUUCUGUUUGCAGUCCAAAAUGAUUCUUUUGAAGCUUCAACGCCAACAGCACCUCCAACCGAAGCGCCAACAGCACCUCCAACCGAAGCGCCAACCCCAGCACCAGUCCAAGAAAUCCCUUCUACAACAACUAUAGAGGCACCAACUGUCCCCAAAGAUUCGACAAACGAACCAGUUUCAUGUGCAGUCCAAGAAGCUGCUUUCGAAGCUAUAACGCCAAUAAUUGAAGCUCCAACUCCCAAAACAGUCCAGCAACCUCUUACAAACGAUCCUACAAAGCCUUUCUCCGACGCGCUCGUGCCCGAAAAUCCAACCGACACUUUCUCUCCAGUAACUGAUGCACCAUCUGCUACAUUAGCAAUCGGCCCUUCAGCUUUCACUCCACAUAUAUCUCCACUCAAAGAGCAAUCUGUAUCUUUGCAAAACCGAGCAGUAUCUAUAGAUCACCAAAGCCUUCAGGACCAAAGCACUGGUCCAAUCAAGUUGGCUGUUGUGGCGUCGACGGAACCGACUUUGGACGCAAUUGAUCAAAAUGAACUCGAAGUUGAGACGGAUAACCCAUCGACCACUCUCAAAACACAAGAAAGAACUUCGUCUGGUCCAAAUCUCAUUACAUCAUUGCCACCAGUGAAUGAGGCCUCUGUGCAAAAUCAAACAAUUGCCAGCGAUGGUCCCUGGUCCACUCCUGCCGUCAUUGGUGUUAUUGUUGCUGCCUGUGUGGUCUUAGGCGUUGUCGUUGCCGUAGCAAUUGCUCUUCACAAGAAACGCAAGCUUCUUGAAGAAAGCAAGUUUGACGACCGUGUUUCGGAAGACUCGCUUGAUGCUUACUUUAUUGACACCAACACACCAAGAUCAGAAGCGUUUCUGACGCACUCAGUUGUGUGA